GUUGACUGUCUUGUAUAGUGGGAGCCAUUUUGCAGCAUCGAUCAGACUGUGUAGCAUCUGUGCCUCUGCAUCGUCUCGAGGCUAGCUUAGGCCAGUAGUUCACUAGUUUGGUUAGUUGGUGAAGAUUUUGUUGAUUUCAAAGAUGAACAUGGAUCUCUCAGACGAAGAAAAGCAUGCCCUAGAGUUAAGAAGGGAAAGGUCUAACAAAAUAAGCAAAAUCAUGGGAGACUAUUUGCUAAAAGGAUACAAAAUGCUUGGUACAAACUGCAACAGAUGUGGGACAAUCUUGAUGAGAGAUAGGCAGAAAAAUGAUUAUUGUGUGGCAUGCAAUGAUAUUGAUGGCUUAGUUAACUGUGAUCAACAGCACAUGGGACAAUCACAUUAUCAAGGUACCCAGGCUAGGGAACCACGGUUGGCACAAGAGAGUCUUGCACCAAAUCACAAUGAAGCAAGAUAUUCUUCCAGUGGUCAAGUCUCACAAACUGAUGACUACAGGGGAAUAAUAAAGGAGGCAGAAAGUUCAAUUCUAAUGAAGAUGCAAUGGGCAAGUAUUGCUCUAAGAAACUGCAGUGUUGAAGAAAGUUUCAAGUUAUUGCAAUUGAUAAACUCAUGUUAUGACACUAUUUCUAAAUUAAAUUCUUCAAAUAAAUGAGUAUUUAAAUUAAAAAAAUAUUGCA